AUGCUCGUAUUGCCGAUUGAAAAUCCACGUGAAAGUAACCCAUAUCCAUUCUACAUCAAGAAUAUUGGACAAAGUGAUGGAUAUCAAGAUGAAGAUCUAAAUCUUGUUCCAGUUUGGAAUUGCGGAAUCAAUGGUCAGAAAAUUGAAAUAGGAUUGUUUUCAAGUGAAUGCUUAACUCAUGAUAAGGCUCAAAAUCAUAUAAAAUCAAAAUUUGAAAAUUUUACUCAAAUGGAACCCCACAUUCAAGGAAUGAAGAAUAUAAUAUUGAGUACAAUGUCAAACCAAAGCACACUUAAUUAUCCUACAGACGAUACUAUAACAUGCAAUAAUAUACCUUCGAAUUUUUCAGACGCAAUUUAUAAUAUUACAUCAUAUCUACAAAACGAGCAAUCGAAAUUGAAAAAUAUCAAUCUAUUCCAUAUAUCAAAGUCGCAUCCUCAAAAUCAAAUCCAAGUUGAUCCAAUGAUGCAUUACAGAGCUCUUUUGGCUCAAAUUUUGUACAUGGACGAAAUGGUCUAG